UGGCAUUAUUUAAGAUCAACCUCAACACAAAAACAAAUCAAAUGUGAAAUCUUAUCAAAUUAAAGGAAAAAAAUUACACAAAUAAGCUGGACAAUUUCAAACACAUCAAAACAGCCACGAGCAUCGAGGAAAUUGGCGCGAUGGAACCAUCAGCUUGCGAAGAUUUGAAGGCAUUCGAACGGCGUCUUACCGAGGUGGUUUCAUCGUACAGGCCAUCCACGUUCCGCUGGCGUAUUAUACUAUCUGCAUUAUCGGUAUGCACGGCUAUCAGUGCCUGGUACUGGCUGAGAGAUCCUCGCACAACCGUUGUGCCGCUGACGGAAUCGCUCUGGAUACACCCCAUCUUUACCGUGGCCACAGUCACAUUGAUAGUGCUCUUCAUUUUGGGCAUACAGAAGCUAGUUGUGGCGCCGUCGAUAAUCACGUCGCGCACACGAACGGUGCUCACAGAUUUUGCCCUCGACCUGGAGCCACACACUGGAAAGUUAAUAUUAAAGCCUCGUCAAUGUAAUAACAACGGCAACACAUGAAGCUGUAUACGGAUAUUAAUUUCAUUUUGCCUUGCCCUACUAAUACAAUGACUAUGAUGCAUACUUCCAAGAUGAUAGCUUUUUCGCAUCCAAAAACUUAGUUUAAUUCAUACAUCAAAUUUAAUUGUUUAAGUACGCUUCAUUUGGUUAAAUUAUAAAAAAAGAAAAGCUCCAUUGUACAUAUACUUGUUCGAGCUCUUAUUUCUUUCUGCAAUCAACCAAAACAAAAUUAAAUAUGUAUCAUUUCGGAACGCCAUGGAACGUCUUGAAGAAUCAAACGACUGACAAGUUGCAGCUCAACAAAUUGACGAAAUAAGCCAAAAUUGUUAAUGACAAAUAUGUAGGCCCUAGCUGACAGUUAUCACGAUUAUCACGAUGCAAAUGAAAACUGCCGCUUAAUGAUUCGCCUACAUGGGAGGUUGGCGGGGUUAAGCCUUUUACGGCGCGUCUCAGUAAUGGGGUCUGCCAGAGCGACCGUAAUAGGCAAUUUGUUGGCGUUACGGUUUCUGAACAAUUUAAUUUGAUAUCCAACUCUUGGACGCCCAAGCACUUGCAGGGAUUGGUGUAAUUCCACCAAAGGAGAGCAUAUCAUGCGUGUAUAGGGCAAGCCUUGCGAAACGUCAUCUAUGAUAUUCUACCGCAGAAUUUGGCAGCUUAACGACUACGCUGAAGCAGAAGCUAAGGAUGUUGGAGUAUGGCGCUGGGAGAUGAGACUUCAGCUUUAAGAGAAGGUUCUUAUUCCGGACCUUAUAGAAUGCCUGCUCGACUUCCAUGGAGCGCCUUAACGGAGUUUUCUUUAUGCACAGCCGCCUGCAAUCUGUGUUUCAGAGCACGGUCGACCGCUCGAUGCAGGGCCGUGUUUCUUUCUUUCGAGAACCAAUCGUGUGAUACAUCAAAUCGCAAUUGCACAUUAGCUCCGGAGCAUUAAUUAUCUUUGCAAAUUAUUUACCUAAUUAAAUUUACACUUGUUCAGUUAAUGAAAAAGCCGAGUUACUUUUGUGACUUCGUAA